CCGUGCCCUGCGUGUGACUGUCCCCAAAGCCUCCGCGGAGUGCGUGCCCUUCUCUGAGUCCUGGGGGUUCCUGUAAGGCUCUGAGGGCUGCGUAGCCAGCAGAAUGCCCGGCCUGCUGAACCGGGCCACAGGGGCAGCCCUGCCUCUCACCGCGUCAGACGUCACCUCCUUCGUCAGUGGUUACGCGCUGGGCCUGACCGCCUCCCUCACCUAUGGCAACCUGGAAGCUCAGCCCUUCCAGGGCAUCUUCGUGUACCCCCUGGAUGAGUCCACCACGGUGAUCGGCUUUGAGGCAGUCAUUGCCAAUCGAGUCGUGACGGUUCAGAUCAAGGACAAAGCCAAGCUGGAGAGCGGCCACAUGGAUACCAACCGUGUCCGAUCCUCAACGGUCACAGGAAACCUUCGACAUGAGGGCGCUUCCACUGCCUUUCAACCCUGCACACCCGGAAAGGUGGCUUUGGACGAGGACCUGGAGCGGAUGCUGUUUGUGGUCAACCUGGGGACCAUUGGCCCCAUGGAGAACGUGACCAUCUUCGUGAGCACCUCCUCCGAGCUCCUGACGCUGCCCAGCGGGGCUGUGCGGGUCCUGCUACCUGCUGUCUGUGCCCCCACCGUGCCCCAGUUCUGCACUGAAUGUGCUGGCGCGAACACCCAACAGUCCCAAAGCAAAGACGGGCAUUGCUUCUGGGCCCAGACCCUAGACUCCUGCAACCAGCUGGGCCUGGCGAGUCUUCUGGACACUGAGGUCUCCAACCCCAUGGAGUACGAAUUCAACUUCCAGCUGGAGAUCCAUGGGCCGUGCCUGCUGGCAGGGGUAGAGAGUCCCACCCACGAGAUCCGCGCCGACGCCGCCCCGUCUGCCCACUCAGCCAAGAGCAUCAUCAUCACCUUGGCCAACAAGCACACUUUCGACCGGCCCGUGGAGAUCCUCAUCCACCCAAGCGAACCCCACCUGCCACAUGUCCUGAUGGAGAAGGGGGACAUGUCCCUGGGAGAGUUUGAGCAACACUUGAAAGGGAGAACAGAUUUCGUUCGCGGAACGAAGAAGGACCACAGUGCAGAGAGAAAGACAGAAAUCAUCCGGAAGCGCCUCCACAAGGACAUUCCCCACCAUUCCGUCAUCAUGCUCAACUUCUGCCCCGACCUCCAGUCUGCCCAGUCCAGCCUGAGACAGACCCACGGCGAGUUCAUCUUCCUCAUUGACAGGAGCGGCAGCAUGAGUGGGACCAAUAUCCUCUGCGUCAAGAAUGCCAUGCUGGUGGCUCUCAAGAGCCUCUUGCCCACCUGCCUCUUCAAUGUCAUCGGGUUUGGGUCCACAUUUAAGACCCUGUUCCCUUCCAGUCAGACCUACAAUGAGGAGAGCUUGGCCUUGGCCUGUGAUAACAUCCAGAGAAUGCGGGCUGACAUGGGUGGCACCAACAUCCUCUCUCCUCUCAAGUGGAUCCUCCGGCAGCCAGUGCACCAGGGCCACCCACGGCUCCUCUUCCUGAUCACAGACGGUGCCAUCAACAACACCGGGAAGGUGCUGGAGCUGGUGCGCAACCAUGCCUUCUCCACCAGGUGCUACAGCUUUGGAAUCGGCCCCAACGUCUGCCACAGACUGGUACAAAGGCUGGCGUCUGUGUCCAAGGGCAGUGCUGAGUUCCUGGUGGAAGGAGAGCGGCUGCAGCCAAAGAUGGUCAGAUCCCUGAAGAAGGCCAUGGCCCCGGUCCUGAGUGAUGUGACCGUUGAGUGGGUCUUCCCCGAGACCACUGAAGUCCUGAUCUCGCCCAUCAGCACCAGCUCCCUCUUCCCUGGAGAACGGCUGGUGGGCUACGGCAUUGUGUGUGAUACUUCUCUGUACAUCUCCAAGCCCAGAUCGGAUAAGAGGAGACGCUACAGCAUGCUGCAUUCUCAGGAAUCUGCCAGCUCCGUCUUCUACCGCUCCCAGGACGAAGAGCCCAGCUCAGACAGCAGAGAGGGCUCCACCAGCCGGAAGGGACCCUGCAGCCUGCAGACAGAAGAUGCCCAACAGUCCAGGAGAGACUCUACCACCAAGUCCGAUUUGAUCCUCUCCCAGCGACGGAGGGCAUACAGCACCAACCAGAUCUCCAACCCCAAGCCCUCCCCAAGGGCUGCUACCACCAGUGACCCCACCACAGCUCCAGCGGCCAGGAGAUACCCACUACGGAAAGCCAAGCCACAGGACCUCGCCCAGCAGCCCAGCACGGACGCCUCGUGGUGGCAGACCGACUUACAGCCUUUGCUGAACAGUGGUCUGGACUCCAACCAGGGUCCCAAAAUCCAGGGCCCAGGAGCCCGCAGGCCCUCUCUGCUACCUCAAGGUUGCCAGCCCUUCCUGCUUUCAGACCAGGACCCCCUGGCCUGGAACCCUAAGAGAGAGCUGAAUCCUGGGUCCAGCCUGAGACACAUCCCGGACCGCCGCAGCCCGGGGGACCUGGAGCCGUCCCACCACCCCUCUGCCUUCGAGACCGAGAUGUGCUACGAGGCCCGGGAGCCCCCAGCUGAGCCUGGCAGUGCCACCAGCCCAGGCGCAGUGGUCGGCAAGGCCGUGGUCCGAGGGCUGCGCGGCCGCCAAAGGCUGCAGUGGGAGGUGAGCUUCGAGCUGGGUCCGCCGGGCGCCGGGCAGGAGGGCCCGCGCGACGCCGCCGACCUCUGGAGCGAGACCUUCCACCACCUGGCGGCCCGCGCCGUCAUCCGCGACUUCGAGCAGCUGGCGGAGCGCGAGGCCGAGAUCGAGCAAGGAUCCAGCCGGCGCUACCAGGUGAACGCUGUGCACACCAGCAAGGCCUGCAACAUCAUCAGCAAGUACACCACCUUCGUACCGGUGGACAUGAGCCAGAGCCGGUACCUGCCUAUGGUGGUGGAGUACCCCAACUCUGGUGCUGCCUAUCGGAUGUCCAGCUCACGGGUCCUGAGCCGACAUCUAAGAGAUACCUCUGCCAGCUUCGGACGGCCCCAGAUGAGGUUCAGUGAAGAAUCUGCAGCAGAAGGUGGCGAAUUUCAAAACCUAAGCCUGGAGGAGCACCCGGCCUCGUCUGUGGGCAGUGCCUCGCAGCCCAGUUUCCAGAAGGAUGCAGCUCCCGAGGGUCCCCAACACCCCAACGCCCUUUCUUCUGUGAAGACCCCUGAGAGUCUCUUUGGAUUCAAACUGAAUCUCAACAAGUCCCGGCUGCUGACUCGAGCAGCCAGGAGCUUCCUGGGGAAACCACUGAGCAAGCCUCCAGAGCCCCCCUCAGUGAGCCAGCAUCUGGACUACGUGCCACUGGUGUCUCUGCAGCUGGCCUCAGGAGCCUUCCUGCUCAAUCAAGCCUUCUGUGAGGCCACCCACAUCCCCAUGGAGAAGCUCAAGUGGACGUCCCCCUUCGCCUGCCACCGAGUGUCCCUCACUGCCCGCCAGCCUGAGUCCGUGAGCUUCAGUCCCCAGCUGUGUGGCAGAACCUCACCUCAGCCCCACUCCUGCGACAGCUCCUCCCUGGAGCCCCUGGACCUGGAGCCGAGGGCCCGAGUGGAGCAGCUGGGAAAGCUGUGGGCCACCGUGGUGGCUCUGGCCUGGUUGGAGCACAGCUCGGCCGCAUACUUCAUUGAGUGGGAGCUGGUGGCCGCCAAGGCCAGCUCCUGGCUGGAGCAGCAGAAGGUGCCGGAGAACCACUCGCAGAGCGCGCUCCGCGCCGCGGGCCGCCAGCUCUUUGUGCUCCUGCGGCACUGGCACGAGAACCUGGAGCUCAACAUGCUCUGCUAUGACCCGAAAUACGCAUAG